UUUAUAAUGUUAGAGGGACGAAAGAUGUUGGUGGUAGUUAUCCUUGUUCUGUGUUGGACAUCUGUGGCAUGUCAGGAUGCUUGUUCGACAGGGUUAUGUCGGUGUACAGCAUGGGCUGCCCAUUGUAUUCAUACAAACCUUACCUACAUUCCAAAAUUUCCUCCUGGAAUCACAACAAUCUAUUUUAAAUACAAUUCUUUACCUUAUAUCGAUCCAACUACAGUUUUAAAUAUCAGCAACACCGGGGUAUCAGACCUGUUUCUAAACCAUAACGAGAUUCAGUAUAUUGAUGAAAAUGUGUUUCAAAAUCUAUCACGGAUUGAUAGAUUGGAUUUAUCUUAUAAUCUACUCACAUCAGAUUCCUUACGGAACAUAUUCUCCAGUUUCCAGAGAAAUAGCAGACUUACCACAAUAACUGCAAGGCACAAUCGUUUAGCAGAUAUUCCACGCGAUGCUUUUGAAGACUUUAAGUCCUCGGAAAGGAUAACUCUGGAUUUAUCCCAUAACAAAAUCCAACUGCUUAAUAUCUCAUCGUUCAGCGGAAUUCAAAAUUUACAUUUAUUGGAUGUUUCGUUUAACAAUCUCUCUACCUUAAUAACGGGUUUUAACCAACAUCUGCAACACAUCCACAUUUCUAAUAAUAAUCUGUAUGAUUUGCCUGACUUUUGUAAAUAUGGAAACUCCUUUCCAGAAUUAAUCAAAAUGUAUCUCCAAUACAACAGAAUUGUUAAUAUCGUUCCGGGAUACUUAAACUGCCUGGAAAAGCUAGAAAUCCUUGAUUUGGAGGGAAACUCGAUUUUCUUACUAAAAACGAACAGUUUUCAUUCUUUCAAGUCUCUUAACUGGCUAUCUAUCUCCAAGCAGACUAGCUCAUAUCCGCUUUUUAUACAAGAACGUGCUUUCAACAACAGCAAAAUACGGUAUCUUAAUCUUCUGAGAAACCAGCUGAUGACUAAUCGAAUCAAUGAACAUUCAUUUGAUGGGUGUGAUGGGUUAGAAAAAUUAGAUCUGUCUCAAAAUAAUUUCUUUAAAGACGAGGAUAAACUAAAUGUCACUAUUGCUCCUUUGAAAUCUCUUCAAAUAUUAUACAUAGUGGGUUGUAGAUUACAAAACAUACCUAAUGUUGUCGGCAAAUAUUUUCAUAAUCUAACCGACUUAUUUGUAAGUUAUAAUCAAAUUAAAUCCUGGCCAAAUAAUUUAUUUGAAGAGACCAUUAAUAUGAAGGCCCUAGAUCUAAGUCACAAUUCAAUUCAGACUAUUACAAGUAAAAUGUUGCCUAAAAUGCUGAGGAAGGGAUUGAAAACAAUAUCCGUAGCAGGAAACCCAUUGGUAUGUAAGUGUGAAUUGGUUUGGUUAAUUCGGUGGAUUCAUAGGGAACCACACAAGUUUUGGGAUUAUCCGAACGACUAUAGAUGUUUGAAUAUUACAGAGAGAAUUUGUCUGAAUAACACUGCAGCGUUUAUCUCUGUGACAACAGUAACAUGUAUUUUUAUCUGUGUUAUUUUGAUCGCUUCUGUUAUCAACAAAUAUAUCUGGCAUAUUAAAUACCAUAUUUAUAUGUGGAGAUACAGACCUAAACAGCUGUUGGAUAUUGCAGAGAAACACUUUGCUCAUGACGUCUUUGUUGCUUACUGUGUAGAAGAUGGAGAUUGGGUUUUACAUGAUCUUCUACCUAUCGUGGAGGAAGGUGAAAACAUUAAGUUAUGUAUCCACGAAAGAGAUUUUCUUGGUGGACAACUGAUCAUUGAUAACAUUGUACAACACAUGGAAAACAGUCGUAAAGUUCUUGUUGUUUUGUCCAAUGAUUUUGCUAGAAGUAAAUGGUGUCAAUUUGAAAUGAGUUUAGCUCAGAAAUUGGUUAUAGAUAGGAGUAUAGAGUCUAUAGUAGUAGUAUUACUAGAGGAUAUAGAAGCAGUUAAUAUGAGUAAAUCGCUGAACGCUCUAUUGAAAACUACUACUUAUAUCAAAUGGCAAGAUAAUGAGAACAAAGAGAUAGUUUGGCAAAUGGUAAAAACAUCGCUGAAACGUCAAUAUGAAUUAUAAUAAGAUUAAAGUACAUGGAUCUGUUUACCGCAGUGGUUUCAUGGUCCGUAGUUCAAUCGCUACAAGGGGGGUUGGAUGGCCGAAGGGUUAGCACGUGCGUGCAGUUUCAUGUCAUUGAGUCAACUGGCGUGGUUAUGACAAGGAGUAGGGUCACCUGUCCAAGUUCGUGGGUCCUCUCCGGGUCCUCCGGUUUCCUCCCACUGCUAAAGACCCCUACGCGCAAGCAAAUUAUUGAAAUAAAUUUGAACCAUAUGUUAGUCCCGAAAUGACCUAGUUUGUGUCGAGUGGACGUUAAACCCAAUUUCUCUCUCUAAUCGCUACAAGAACCCCGUCCCACCCAAUCUGAGACUGUAUCCAUUCCUCACGGUCCGUGUGUUACUAUGUAUUUCCAUUGAUUAUUUUAAUUUUUUUGUAUUAUAUGUAUGUUAUAUUUUCUA